UUCCCGACCCCUCGCAGGUCUAUGUCGGUUUCGUCUGCCUCCUCUUCACGUUCAGGUGGCCUUGCAGCCUUGGGCGGAUCGAGAGGGCCCGAAGAUCUCGUCGAGACGCUCUACAACCACCCAUCAGUCAAGAUCAUUGCCUUCACCACAAAUCAGCGCAGUUCAUUCAAUCUUUCACCCUCCACCGCCAGCGAUCCUCCACCAGGCACUCUGCCCGCAUCGUCGCAGCUGGAAAGAACAAUUGCAGUCGGUAAUUGCGGCACGGCACUGCAGCCCAUUCUGCCGAAAAGUCAGUGUUGGUGUAUUGAUGAAGGUAACAGCAGGUUCGUACUUCAGGUUCGACGACCGCAGUACUGGAGGAUCGAGCUCCCGACAUCUGAUGCGGACGACGUGCAUCGCGCAUUCAUACUCAGAGAGGUGUUCGACCGGAUAUUGUUGUUCGAGAAAACGGAAUGUCCCUUCGAGAGGAGUUUUACCGUUGAAUUGCCUGAGAGACCGUCGACUCCUGCCAAGAAGAGGCCGUGGACACCAGUGGGAAAGAAUUUGGUCUCAUCACCAUUCGCGUCCGACUUCUCCCCCCCUUCACCCUCGUCUAAGGUAGCUGCCGGCAGACGAAAACGCGCAUCAACUGUAACCACACAGGAGUUGGCAGUGGCAGUAGAGGAGUCCGAGACGAGUACAGACGAAGAACCCGCUCGUCGUGUCGCAAGUACACACACUCCAGAAGCACAGCUCCCUGAGACCAGGAGCGAAAUCAGGAGCACGGCACCAUCGGUCGCUAGCGAAAACGAGUUUGUGGCUGCAGUUGCAGAUGCGAAGAGUUCAGACAACACGCCAGACGAACCCAAAAAUGACAGCUCAGUUCCAGAGUUUCCAGAGGAAGAGCCAGAGUGCUAUUUUGCGCCGCAGACAGCGGAACGUGGAGAGCCAACGUCGCUGCCAUAUGACGUACUAGAGGCAUCUUCGCCGGAAAACGAGGCAAAGGCUUCCGAACAAUUUUCUGCGAGUCCCAAGAGCGAAAGUUGCAGACUGGAGCACAAGAAAGGAACCCAUAACGUUCUCAAGACAUCUACUCAGUCUUCGGCGCCAUUAUCUCAAGAAGAGGCCCAACAUUCGGACGAUACCGGGAUAAACUCGCGACUUGUACCUCAAGCCUUGGAAUCCACACGCACCUUUGUGGCUAGUUUGGUUGCCCCAUCGACAAUGCAGCCGCCUCAAAAAGCCGAGCCCUUGGAGCAGAUGAUUCCCGCCAGGACAAGUGCAUCCACGAUUGUCACGGAGAAGGUGCCGGUGGGCAAGGCUAGAAGUGGCACUGAGGUCCUGUUGGCAACAGCGCAACCCUCAGAACAACAUGUGGGAACCGAUGGGAAUGAGGAUGCCCCCCCGGUUCCGUCUACUGCCGAAGAGAUAUUUGGCGAUCUCGACGACGGACCGUCAUCGUACGAAGGAUCUGGCGGUCAAGUGACGGGUGUGAAUCUCAAAAUGAAGAAAAUGAGUCGUAUGCUGGCUGGUCGCUCUGUAAGCCUACCACCACAGUUAACACUAAUCACGGCACCUCCUAUAAAAGCCCAGAAACCGGCAAAACAAUCACCUACAUCUUCAGUCGCGCUGGUAGCAGCUUCAAGUGAGUCGGGGAAUGCGUCACCCGUAGGCUCUACCGACUCUUUUCACAGCGUUCAGUCAUGGCAUAGCCCAAUCACUCCACUCCCCCUAUCGCCACCAAUCUCACGGCCUGAAUCGCCUGCUUCAUUCCCAUACCCCCAUGACGACAUAUUGAUUCCCGCACGCCAAUUAAGUCUAAGAUCUGUCUCAGAGCUUGCGGUAACGCCCAAUACCGAUGCCACUUUCGUUCCAAGCUCAGCAGGAACUGAUACGGACGAGACGGCCUCACCAGUGCCACGUUCCCCUGCCGACUCUAAACCCGCCAGCCCUUUGUCGGUCGAGGCACCUCGACGUCCCAGGACAAGUCACUCGUGCGCUGCGGAUGAACGAUCAGCCAUCCGCAACCGUGCUAGAGAUAAUCUUUCCAUCAGCCGACGUGCCCUCUCGCCCCUACCAUCGGCCGCGAACCUGUUCUCGCCUCAAGGUCGCCGGCGCCCGGCAACCCGUGUUGAAACGGUCCGAAAACUACCUAGCGCCAUCAUCCAUAAAACGGUUGAAAUCCUACUAAGCCCGCCAGGCCAUCUCGUUAAUCUCAUGCUGAAAGUCGCUGCUAAGAUCGCGGCGGGCGAAUGGCGCGGCCUCGUUUUCGGGUUUGGCGAGGGGGGCGAGCAGAUACCUGUGCAUUGGGAUUACUCCGAUGGCGAGUUUAGCAGUUGGGGCGAUGACGAUGAUUACAACUUUUCGAUGGGUCGAUUUGCGCGACAAGGGAGUACGAGCAGCAUGCCAAGAGCCACGCGUCGCAGUCCCGUGGGCUCACCUGAGGAGGACAGUCGCAGCUGGGAGGUUGAUUAAGCGACACAUCGCGAACACUUUAGACUGUCGAUAGCAUCAUGAAUAGCUCGGGAACAGCUGUACCAUUACUCUCUGCUUUUGUCAGAUUUUUGUUUGUUCUAUUUUCCAAUUUUGGUCGGCUGGCAGCAUUGAUUUUCUAGGAGUUGAAAGGGGGCCCAGUUAACGUCACUAUGCAACGCCGUAGGCAUGGAUUGUCUAGGAUUUGGAUACGGAUGGGGAUUCCCGAUUUUAUUCCUCCCGCUCGCCAGAAGAACAGUUGUACGAUUGAUGCCGGGAACUAUGAGACAUGUCAGUAUAUCACAAUAACUGAGACUUACUUGUCCCAGCGGGGCAAAUGACUGGCAACUCGUUGCUGCAAAAUAUAUAAAACUAAUAACGU